GGAACUUUUUCUCAUUUAGGCGAGCAAACGCGGAGAGAGCUUAGCCACCUCUUCUCUCUCUUUAAUCGGAGAAGGUGGCGGAAGACGACGGUGGUGGUGGUGGAGGUGCAGCGCCUCUUCGGUGACAGCACCUGGUUUUAGAGUGAGUUAUAAAAUAUGGGUCAAGGAUUGAGUUGUGCAGCGAGUCAUGAACAUGGUGGGCUGUUUAGUGCCGUGCAGGCUGGUGAUUUUGAUACUGUAAAGGCUAUGCUUUUAGCAAACCCAUCUCUGUUGCACGAAACUACUGCUUAUGAUCGUCAAUCUGCACUGCAUAUUGCUGCUGCCAAUGGCCGGAUCGAGAUUUUAUCUGUGCUUUUAGAACGAUCUGUGGAUCCAGAUGUUGUGAAUCGUCACAAGCAGACUCCACUUAUGCUAGCUGCAAUGCAUGGCAAAAUCUCUUGUCUAAAAAAGCUAAUUGAAGCUGGAGCAAAUAUUUUGAAGUUUGAUUCACUUAAUGAAAGAACUUGCUUGCACUAUGCUGCUUACUAUGGCCAUUCUGAUUGUCUUCAAGCUGUCCUCUCUGCUGCUCAAUCUAGUCCUGUUGCUGUCUCUUGGGGAUAUGCACGGUUUGUUAAUAUUAGAGAUGGUAGAGGAGCCGCGCCAUUGCAUUUAGCUGCUCGUCAAAGACGGCCUGAAUGUGUGCGUAUCUUGUUAGAUAAUGGAGCUCUUGUCUGUGCUUCCACAGGCGGAUAUGGCUGCCCAGGAAGUACUCCUCUUCAUUUGGCAGCUAGAGGAGGAUCUCUAGAUUGCAUCCGCGAAUUGCUGGCAUGGGGUGCUGAUCGCCUUCAAAGAGAUGCAUCAGGGAGAAUCCCUUAUAUAGUUGCUUUGAAACAUAAGCAUGGAGCUUGUGCAGCUCUACUAAAUCCAUCUUCGGCUGAACCUCUUGUCUGGCCAUCACCUUUAAAGUUCAUUAGUGAGCUUAAUCAGGAGGCUAAAGACCUUUUAGAACGUGCUUUAAUGGAUGCAAACAGGGAGAGAGAGAAGAACAUCUUGAAGGGAACUGCUUAUUCACUUCCAUCUCCUUCGCAUUCUGAUGUGGGGACCGAAGACAAUAUAUCCGAGGCGAGCGAUACAGAGCUGUGUUGCAUAUGCUUUGAACAAGUUUGCACAAUUGAAGUACAAGAAUGUGGACACCAAAUGUGUGCACAAUGCACACUAGCACUCUGUUGCCACAACAAACCGAACCCAACAACUGCAUGCCUCAAUCCCCCAGUGUGCCCAUUCUGUCGAAGUUCCAUCGUUCGGCUGGCUGUUGCCAAAGUCAAGAGUUGUGAAGAUGUUGACCAGGACAUUGCAGACAUUGGUUCACCAAAGAUGAGAAAAGCCAGGAAAUCACGCAACUUCAGCAGCGAAGGAAGCAGCAGCUUCAAAGGGCUAUCGGCUAUGAGUCCAUUCGGAAAAAUGGGUGGCAGGGGUUCAGGAAGAAUCGCAGCAGAAAGUGAGUGGGUCGAUAAGCCUUGAUGAUAGUAUGUAGCAUUUGGCAAUCAAAGAUUCCAAGUAGCAAUCAAGGAUUCCUUUAGUUGUGCUCUAAAGAAGAGCAAAAAUAUCAGAGGAAUCAAUGUCGGUGCUGGACCCAAUCGGUAUAUAUAUAACUAUAUAGAUAGAGGUCCAUUUGCUAUGUAGAUUUGGGAAAUAAGCAAAAGACGUGAAUUGCAGGUUUGGGUUGGUAAGUUUGGUAACAUGGUUGCUUUGGGUCAUAUCAUAUUGUUGUAAUCUUUUGUUUACUUGAGAUUGAAGUAGCAUUGGCUAUUAUUUUUGAGUAUUGUUAGAUACCUGAAUUGGUGAAUCAAAGAAAAAAUUCUUUUCUUUCUUCA